CCUGCUCAUUCUGCGUAGGAUAGAGAUCUGAAUUUUCUGUUUUCUGGAAAAUGCAACGCUAUGGUUUCAGUUUUUCAAAUGCAACAUUACAUCACUGAUGUAUGUAUAUUUUAAUGAAACCUGGAGAAUCGUCCUUUUUGCUGGUACAAAAUGAACUGCUAAAGUGAGUUGUGGCAUAUAUAAUCUUUAAGCUCAAUUUUGUAUCAACGAACCCAACACGAGAAAUUUUUUUUCUCUGGAUUGUUGCAUGCAUUUUUUAUUGUCUGCAAACUUGCAUAAUAGAAAUUAGAUGAAAACGGGAACAGUUCUCUCUCCCUUUCUCUCUUCAUUUUGCUCUUCUUUUAUAUAUCAUAUCUAUAUUAUAUCUUGAGACUUUUUUUGAAAAUACAAAAAAAAAAGGAAACUUAUGUCCAGUCCACAAAACUAUCAACCUGACGUGGAAACAUCAUCUUUUGAAGAACGGUUAAAGAAUAAAAACAUUCGCUCUAUGCCUGUAGGCAACGAGCGGCUUGCUGCUUUACGUGACUUGGGAGCAACAUUUGAUGAAGGACGACAUAAAACUACAAAGAUAGCCACUCCUUCCGGUACACCCAAGAUUCCAGCUUUUGUAGAUGCUGGUCAAAUUGAGCGUCUGUUACAACAAAAGUCAACUGCCCGAAAUCCAUUUUCAGCAUCAAUAUCAUCCAGCAGGGGAGACUUUACAAUGUCCGGUGAAUAGCUUAAUUACGAAAAAUGGCGGAUACAAAGCACCUUUGCUGCUUUCUAUGCAUCUUUGUACGCCAACCGUUUUCUCUUCGCCCCCAUCAUAUAAAGUGAGAGCGGUACAUAUUGUCACAAUGCAACAAAUUUGAAUGUUCUUUACUAGAAAACAAACUUCAAUCUGCACAAAGCUAAAUGGCACUAAACUGAAAAUAAUUGUCCUUGAAUAAAAUCAAGC